ACCCCCCACAUCCACCAGGAGACCGCGUUCCCGGAGGCCAGCCCGCCGCCCACGCUUGGAGCAUCCUCCCUUCCCCGAGCGGGCGCCGACGAGCCCGGCGGCAUGAUGCGGCUGCGAAGCUCGGCGAUGCUUCGGGACCUGCUGCUGCGGCCGCCCGCCGCCGCCGGCGCGGCCCUGAGGCGGGCGCAGCCCCUGGCCACCCUCUGCCGGCGCCCCCGGACCGGAGGCCGGGCUGCCGUGGGCCCGGCGACCGCCGCGCGGCUCCACCCGUGGUGGGGCGGGGGUGGCCGGCCGACGGGGCCGCUGGCGCUGGGCCUCUCGAGCUCGCCUUCGGAGAUCCUGCAGGAGCUGGGCAAGGGGGGCACGUCGCCGACGCCGCAACAACAGCAGCAGCAGCAGCAGCAGCAGCAACAGCCACCUACCGGGGCGUCGCCGUCGGCCACCCCGCCGGCGUCCAGCCCCAAGGACGGCUCCGGGGAGACGGAUGGGUUCGGAAACAGCGAGGGCAAGGAGCCGGCGGCCUCGGGCGAAAAUAAAAUAAAACAAGGUCUGUUACCUAGUUUGGAAGAUUUGCUGUUCUAUACAAUUGCAGAAGGACAAGAGAAAAUACCUGUCCAUAAAUUCAUUACAGCACUCAAAUCUACAGGAUUGCGAACGUCUGAUCCCAGGUUGAAAGAGUGUAUGGAUAUGUUAAGAUUAACUCUUCAAACAACAUCAGAUGGUGUCAUGCUAGACAAAGAUCUUUUUAAAAAAUGUGUUCAAAGCAACAUUGUUUUGUUGACCCAAGCCUUUAGAAGAAAGUUUGUCAUUCCUGACUUUAUGUCUUUUACCUCACAUAUUGAUGAAUUAUAUGAAAGUGCUAAGAAGCAGUCUGGAGGAAAGGUUGCAGACUAUAUUCCUCAGCUAGCCAAGUUCAGUCCUGAUUUGUGGGGUGUGUCUGUUUGUACAGUGGAUGGACAGAGGCAUUCUAUUGGAGAUACCAAAGUUCCAUUUUGUCUUCAGUCCUGUGUAAAACCUUUGAAAUAUGCCAUUGCUGUUAAUGAUCUUGGAACAGAAUAUGUUCAUCGUUAUGUUGGAAAAGAGCCGAGUGGAUUAAGAUUCAACAAACUGUUUUUAAAUGAAGAUGAUAAGCCACAUAAUCCUAUGGUAAAUGCUGGUGCAAUUGUUGUGACUUCAUUAAUAAAGCAAGGAGUAAAUAAUGCUGAAAAAUUUGACUAUGUGAUGCAGUUUUUGAAUAAGAUGGCUGGUAAUGAAUAUGUUGGAUUCAGUAAUGCCACGUUUCAGUCGGAAAGAGAAAGUGGAGAUCGAAAUUUUGCUAUAGGAUAUUACUUAAAAGAAAAAAAGUGUUUUCCAGAAGGCACAGACAUGGUUGGUAUAUUAGACUUCUAUUUUCAGCUAUGCUCCAUUGAAGUAACUUGUGAAUCAGCCAGUGUAAUGGCUGCAACACUGGCUAAUGGUGGUUUCUGCCCAAUUACUGGUGAAAGAGUACUGAGUCCUGAAGCUGUUCGAAAUACACUAAGUUUGAUGCAUUCCUGUGGCAUGUAUGAUUUCUCAGGGCAGUUUGCUUUCCAUGUUGGUCUUCCUGCAAAAUCCGGAGUUGCUGGGGGAAUUCUUUUGGUUGUCCCCAAUGUCAUGGGCAUGAUGUGCUGGUCUCCUCCUCUGGACAAAAUGGGCAAUAGUGUUAAAGGAAUUCACUUCUGUCAUGAUCUUGUAUCUCUCUGUAAUUUUCAUAACUAUGAUAAUUUGAGACACUUUGCAAAAAAACUUGAUCCUCGAAGAGAAGGUGGUGAUCAAAGGGUAAAGUCAGUGAUAAACCUCUUGUUUGCUGCUUAUACCGGAGAUGUUUCUGCCCUUCGUAGAUUUGCUUUGUCGGCCAUGGACAUGGAACAACGAGACUACGACUCUAGAACAGCACUCCAUGUAGCUGCGGCAGAAGGUCAUGUUGAAGUUGUUAAAUUUUUGCUGGAAGCCUGCAAAGUCAAUCCUUUCCCCAAGGACAGGUGGAAUAAUACUCCCAUGGACGAAGCACUACACUUUGGACACCAUGAUGUAUUUAAAAUCCUCCAGGAAUACCAAGUCCAGUACACGCCUCAAGGAGAUUCCGACGAUGGAAAGGAGAACCAAACUGUUCAUAAGAAUCUUGAUGGACUGCUAUAAUGCUCUCAAUCCCAAGAUGAAAAUCACUUACCGGUUUAAUUGUGGAAAAUUAUUAUGAAGAACAUGUGUAUUUUAAUCUGGUAGUGAUGUACAUAUUACAACAUUUGUCGUUUCAGUGUUACUGGAGUUUUCUUCAUUGUAUGCACAGGACAAAUCUGAUCUCUUUGGGAAAAAAUAGAAAUAAAACAAUCUCCCUCCAUAAUGUGAGCGAAUAUUUACCUCGUGCAUUGUAUAAUUUGGUGUAAAAGAAAUAGUUACCAAUGCUAGCUUAACUGUGUGGUCUUCAUGAUUCUUGUGUGUUUUGUGAAUUUUUCAAUUUAUGGUGGUGAUCUGUUGAAAUGCAUUUAUAAAUGAGACUGUGUUGUACAGUCUGUUGAAAUGGGUGGAAGCUGCCUUUAGAAGCAAAACAGCGUGAUUUUCCUAACGUCAAAUAGAGAUUUAUUUAGUUGGAGUGUUUGAACCUACUUAUAGGCACUUCUGAUUGUGUUUAAAAUGUCUCCCAUCACCCUUGCUUCAUGACGUGAUUCUUUAAAAAUUUUAAUAGUUAACUACUGUUAGUAGGAUAGACCGAUUCUGAUUAGACAUUAUCAGGGACUGUGUAUAAGCUGUUUUGGUGACCAAAAAAAACAUGUGUAAAUGUGAUGAUAAUACUUUGGAAAAUUUUUCCUUUUUCUCCAUCCCCCUUAAUCCAGCCUCUCUUCCCAGCGAUUUGGUUAUCUGCCUCGUUAACUGGCAAAGUGAGUGCUGGUGUACUAUGCAGUUCUCAUGUUUUCCACAGUAAGUCAGAAAAUGUCUCCCGUUUCUGACAUACACACUCUGACUCUGCCAUUUGUCUCUAGAAGGUCAAGCAGAGAGAAAUUACUUCGCUAAGUACAAAUUAAUCAAAUUCCUCAGCCUACAAAAAGGAACAGAUUUGUUAUUGCAGCUUUUUGAGAUAGUUUGUUCCCAGGAUGAAGAUGAAAAUUCCAGAAGUGCUCUAAGCUACCAAAGUUGUUAUGAUGGCACAGGAGUCACUACAAGUAGCGUAUGUUUAUAGACCUGUCUUUAAAAGUUUGCAUCAAGAUACUUCAUUGGAGGGACCACUAGAUGCUCCAGCUUUCUCCUGAUUAUAACUUUUGGUAGAUUAUAUAGGUGAAUAAUAAGACAAAGCCACUUUGUUUUAAAGGAAACUCCUGAUUUGUCUUGGGAGACAAAUUAUACAUAUACUUUACCCUGAGGUUACCUCAGAGAUACAGGGGUAUACUAAUGAGGAUUUCUGAUAUUACACACACAUACACACAGACAUCUGAAGCUGUGUUCAGUGAAAUGAACAGAAUCCUUACCUAUAGGAAUGUCAGUUAUUAUGUUCACAUAACGAAAUGGUAUUUUAUUUUUUCCUUUUCCAUUUGCACACCAUUGCUGCUUCCAAACUUUAUUAUGCUGAUAAUGGCCUCUGCCCCAGGCUAGUGGCCUCCACCUGUUUCCAUUUUUGCUUCCAGUCUAAGUGCUUCAGCCACUACCCUCCUGGACCUAGAUAAAACCACAUUUGGCUGAUCAGUGGCCAGCGCCCCUUAACUGAGCAUCUUCCUGUAGGAAUCCAUUCCCACAGCUGUGCUUCUAUGGGAAUGUGGACAGAGAAUAGGGUGUUCCUGCCCCCGCAGAUCUAUGGAAUCACAUAGAUAGGUGGUUUUCACAAUGCUGCAUAGUAACGACAAUAUCUCCAAAGAGAGAGUGGAGGAAACACUCUUACUGCAACCAACUGCCAUAACUUUGUCCAAGUAACAGCUUGCUUUGUGUGACUAGGAAGAAACACUAAGAUGGUUCAAUUGUGUGGCCUGAAGAUUACCAAUGCUUCCGAGAUUUUUCUCUAAUAAAAAGAAGUUCCAACCAGUAUUUGGGAACAAAGAGAGUUUUUGUCUUUUCUCAGAUCAGAGCUCUUUUGUAAAAUCCUUGUGCUUUAUUUAAAUGUGCCCUUAUUUACCCCGGGGUGAUUUCUAACUGCAUUCUGGUUCCUGCUCUGGCUGUUUGCUUUUGGCUGGUAACAAUGGUUAAACAUCUGGUUUAAAUGCCCGUUGACUGUUGUGAAUUACUGCCAUUGCUAUCUUCCAGAGAUCUUUUUGUUUGGCUUUAGGAUCGUACAUGCUUUUUUUAUGUAUCAUGAGUUUUAUAUGGUCAUAUUUAUUUAAAGCUUGUAUGCACUUGUUUUGCUGGCCUCAGUUUUAAUGAUCUCAUCUUUGGAUGUAAUCUCCCUCCCCCAACUCCCCCUCAACUGCCCUUCAGCCGCAGAACUGGAUUAGCUAUCAACCAUUUGAUGUAGUUGUCUUUCUGACAGGGACUGAAUGACCUAAUGUUGGAUUUAGAUUCUUCCUGGGGAUUGUACAGUUAUGAAUGUAUUUGCUUCCGGAACUUCCCAAAGUGAAUCUAAUCUUAAAAACUAUUAAGUUGUAAGUAUUCUGAAUUUGGGAAAUAUUUAUUUUAAAUGAAAUCAGGUAGUAUUGCUUUUUACAGCGUAAUAAAAAAUACAUGUAUCACAAAA